CACGAGUGCUUGAGCAGUGAAGGCCCCUCCCUCAGAGCACAGAGAACAUGAAAUAAACGAGGAAAUAGACACAAACACACAGUCUGUGGACACGAGUGUGUGUCUGAUGGAGCAGUGAACCAUAGAAAGCAUCAAUUCAGCCCUCAAACAGACAGAAGGAUGUUCUCGUCAGUGAAGCCGUUUGAAGGCCAGCAGUUUUCAGCCCUGAGGAAACAGUGCCAGCAGAACGGGACUCUGUUUGAAGACCCCGUCUUCCCCGCUGUGGACAAGUCACUCUUCUAUAGCGGGAACCGCAUCGGAAAAGUCACCUGGAAGAGACCGAAGGAGCUGUGUGAAGACCCACACUUGUUUGUGAACGGGAUCAGCGCUCAUGACCUGAACCAGGGGCAGCUGGGAAACUGCUGGUUUGUGGCGGCCUGCUCCAGUCUGGCCUCCAGAGAAGCUCUGUGGCAGAAGGUUAUCCCAGAUUGGAAGGACCAGGAAUGGGACAAGCAGAAACCGGAGAGCUAUGCUGGGAUAUUUCACUUUCGGUUCUGGCGUUUUGGAGAAUGGGUGGACGUUGUUAUCGAUGACCGACUGCCGACCGCAAACGGGAAGCUCAUCUACUGCCACUCCAACGACAGUAAUGAGUUCUGGAGUGCACUGGUGGAGAAAGCCUAUGCCAAGAUCUGUGGAUGCUAUGAUGCUUUGGAUGGUGGAAACACGGGGGACGCUCUUGUGGAUUUCACUGGUGGCAUAUCUGAGCCCAUGGAUCUGCUGGAAGGGAAGUUCAGUCAGGAUGAAGAGGCCCGAAAUCAGCUGUUCGAGCGCGUUCUGAAGGUCCACAACCGAGGAGGCUUGAUCAGCUGCUCCAUUAAAGCGAUGAGUCAGGCGGACAUGGAAGCCCGUUUAGACUGUGGCCUGGUCAAAGGUCAUGCGUAUGCGGUGACUGAUGUGCGUAAGGUGCGUCUGGGCACCGGCCUGAUGGCGUUCUUUAAAUCCGAGAAGCUCUGCAUGAUCCGUAUGAGGAACCCGUGGGGCCAGAAAGAGUGGAUCGGAGCGUGGAGCGACAGCUCUGAGGAGUGGAACAGAGUCAGUAAGAGCGAGCGAGAGAAGAUUGGUGUGACCGUGGAGGAUGAUGGAGAGUUCUGGAUGGAAUUUGAGGAUUUCUGUAAGUAUUUCACAGACCUGAUUCUGUGCCGCUUGAUUAACACGUCGUACCUGAGCAUCCACAAGAUCUGGGAGGAGGCCGUGAUGCGGGGCUCCUGGAGUCGCCAUGAUGACCCUUUAUUGAACCGCUCGGGCGGCUGCAUCAACCACAAAGCCACGUUCCUCCAGAACCCACAGUAUGUGUUCGACGUGACAAAGACCGAGGACGAGGUUCUGAUCUGCCUACAGCAGCAGGACAAGAGAGCUCAAUCCAAAGACGGGAAAGGAGAAAACAUCGCCAUCGGCUUCGAUAUCCAAAAAGUGGAGCUCAACCGGACGUACCGCAUGCACACCAUCCAGAAAACAGUGGGCAGCUCCAUCUACAUUAACUCCCGCAGUGUGUUUCUGCGCAAGGACCUGAAGGAGGGCCGCUACGUCAUCAUUCCCACGACCUUUGACCCCGGCCUGCAGGGAGACUUCCUGUUGCGUAUCUUCACGGAUGUACCUGCCGCCUGCAGGGAGCUGGCGUUAGACGAGCCGCCCCACACCUGUUGGACGGGGUGUUGUGGAUACCCAAAGCUGGUCACACAGGUGCACGUCCACAGAGCAGAUGGGCUCGCGGCUCAGGACUCGGACGGAUCGUCUGACCCGUACGUCAUCAUCAGCUGCGAGGGAGAGAAGGUUCGUUCGCUGGUGCACAAAGACACACAGAGCCCAGACUUCGACGUGAAGGCGGUUUUCUACAGGAAGAAGCCGAGAGAGCCGAUCUGCGUUCAGAUCUACAACAAGAACAUUCUGAAGGACUCGUUCAUGGGUCAGGUGACCUUGACUGGCGACCUGUCCGACCUUCAGAAGCUUCACACCCUUAACCUGCGAGACAAAGGGAGCCGGCAGAACAGCGAGCUCCCGGGUCAGGUCUCGGUCAGCCUCACGACCAGCGACGUCCUCGCCAACAUCUGAGCAUGUCACGGUGACCACAGAGGGUUUACAACACGUCCUGUGUCUGUGGAAAGGGUUACACUUCUAUUCACCUGCUCUUUAUCUUCUUGGGAAUGUUUCGUGAAGGCAGAUUUACUUGUUUACAAGCACGUUUUACAACUUAAAGGGAUAGUCCAGUCAAAAAUUAAAAAUAUUUACAUGCACUCAAGUUGGCUUUCUUUCUUCUGUUGAAGAUAGUUUGGCAAAUAAAUAGUUGACGCUAGCCAUUGACUUCCGUAGGAACCAACAUUAUUCAGAAUAUCUUCUUUUGUUCACAGCAGAAGAAAGAAAUUCAUACAGGAUUUACACAACAUGAGAACAGAGUUAACAUUUUUAGGUGCACUGUCCCUUUAAAUGUAUCAUUUUCUGCUCUUAUGUGCUUUCAGUUGUGUGUAAAUACAUUAAGGUAUCGUAGUACAUGCAUUUAUAUUAGUAUAUGAAAUAACAUGCAUGCAUAUAUCUAAAACCACUAUGUACUAUUCAUAUAUGUAGUUAGGAAUUUCAGUUUUAUGAUCAUAAUCUGAUCUUUCGUUUGCCAAACGAUCUGAAAUGGAGGGCGUUUAGUCUCUCGGUUGUGUUUUCACUUUAAAAUACUUGCCAUAAUCUUGACCACAUGUUGAUUUUUUUAUUUUUAUGAAUCAGUUUAUCAAGCUUUUGUGAAAGGAAACAUUUCAACAAAUGAUGUGGUGUUUUAUUUAGUGUUUUCAUGUGUUUACCAGAUUCCAGGAUUCGUAUUUAACAUGGUGUUUGAAGUAAAUAUUCCAUACAGGCAUGUGAAAAUGUCUCUAUUUAAGGAAGAGCCAAUGCAUGAUGAGUAUAAAUCUGUUUUAGAAUCGUACAGCUGUUAAAAAAUACAUUUUAAACAUUUAAAAGACAUGAUCACUACUGUUUACUAUAUAUUAUCCACACAAUUGUGAAGAGCAGUUAUAACCACUAGGUGUCAGUAAGUCAACAGAGGAAGAAGCAGCAUGAAAUAUGAACCAAAAAUAUUAUUAUGCAUUAUAUAAAUAUCAGAUUGGUCAUGUUCUGCUUCUUCACACUCUGGUAAUAGUCACAGACAAACUUGAAAAAUCACAAUGUCAUCAUAAAGCCAAAACUGUUCUCCUGGUUUGACACUUUUUCGAUGUGAAAUGUGAGAAUCUCAGUACAUCUGUGCCAUUUUACAACCACUAUGAAUUCUUUAGAUUUUAUUAUUCAUUAUUUUUCAGUUUCUUUGCGUGUGAUGUCUGUUGUUUACAGAUGAAUAGAUGUGCCUUAUCAGAACGGGUAAAAAAAGCCAAAGAAAUCUUAAACAUAUUCUGUGAUGUAUCUUUUUGUAUUUUAGAAAUUGUGUUUUUCUCACUCUUUUACAAAAUGAAAUAAAGUUUAAUUGAAUGUUCCGUUA